AUGAGCUCGGAUAAUGCCUUGCCUCCACCCAGACACGCCCGCCUCCAGGAUCUUCAGGCUGCUGUAGCUGCCCCACGUCCUCGCUCUUCUUCACUAGCUCAUGUUAUGGGACAGGGCUUUAGCAAGUCUUCGACUUCAACUCCUCAGAAGGGCAUUGCUUCCCUUGCAAAUACAGGUUUCAAGCUCAAGCGCGCCUUCGCUGCCCGUCGGAAGAAGUCAGAGGAUGCCACUACCAAGUUCUCUGACACAAGGCUUCAUCGUGAUAGGGGACAGGAUUCCUUAGUGGACUCAUCGUCUCGACCCGAUCCGGUUGCAGUACCACCGUCAGAGGUGCUUCCAAGUGGUUCCAAGAACUCUACGCCUAAAUCCUCGUCAAUUCCUCCACCUACCCCUCCGAAGCCUGCCUCGAUGCAAGGUGCUAAGCUUUCGCCUCCGGCAACAGCAAUACAUAAUGUCGAUAACCGUGGCUCUAUAAUUCCCAUCAGCCCUGGGAUAUCUUCUGCCGUGCAGUUCAUGCGCAUCGGUGAAGAACAGAGAGAACAAGAGCGCCUUGCAGCGUUAGAGCAGGAGGUGAAGGAAAGAGGUAAGGAAAGCGACAAGGGGCAACAGGAAGGGAAAGGAAAACCAGUGGAUGUGGAAUCAGAUAGGAAAGGAGAAGGAAGUAGAGAACGGUUACCGAAUGACGAGAACGAAGAAAAGCUUAAACAGGGCUGGAGGAAGAGCGAUUCAACCAUGAGCCACCACACCAUAAGGCCUGGGGCUGCACUGGGUAGUCGCUCUUCACGACCUGUCUCAAUGGCUGAAUCAUUGCAGUCCACCCAUACAAUCAUUCCCGUGAACAAGCGUCUCAGUGCAUUUCUGCCGGAGGAGGACGACUCUUCCUUUAAAUCAGCCUCGGAAGAGCUGGUUCCCCCUACUCAGGGGGUUCACUCACUCGAGUCAUCUUCAUCCUCUUUGCCAGCAGCGUCACUGAAAACGACCAAGAAUAGGCGUUCAAUGUCUCUUAAUCUCGGUCCAUUAGCUCAGAAGACCCAUCUUCCUGCACUUCCUACAACUAGUGCUAGUGCUGGUUCAUUAACUGAACUUCGUCAUCCUUCCAAAUCUCUUCCUGAUACGCAUCCCGCUUCACCCAUUCAACCGUCCAUGACCCGGGAGACUCCAACUCUUACUAGGGCUGCUGCCAAUGGAAUCAUAUCACCUUCCAAUGCCGGUGCACAGACGACUGGCAACAACAUCCGCGGCCGUUUGGCCGCUUGGUCCGCUACAACUCGGGCUUCAGAUGGACAUAGCCCAUCCGUACUCCCGCCAUCCAACCCUGCACAUAUGCCUCAUCUUCCCCCUUCAUCGUUCCCUCGUCAACCCCCUUCACCACCAACAAGUCUGAGGCAAACUGCAAUAAGUAUCACCGGGGGGUUUGCACCUGCUGCUGGACUGGCGAAACGUGCUGUGGAGAAAAUGGGUCGCGCGUGGGGCGGACUCUCCUCAAGCUCGAGUAAUUCGGGAUACUCAUCAUCGUCGAGUGCAGGUCAUUCGGACAAUAACCUCAGAAGGACGAACUCAAAUACAGGAACCAGUAUAGCUUCGUUAUCUAGCAAAGCUUCGGACUCGGAGGCCUUUGUCGGUCCCUCGUUGGGACAGAGGGUUCGAAAACCUUUGAGAGGUUACUCCCCUGGGCAUGGUGGGUUUGUUUUUGGGAAGCGGCUCGAUGUAGUUGUGAGGGAGACGGGCAUUGGCACCGGUUUUCUUGGGGAUUACAAUCGCGAGGGAAAACAAGGUAACGAGGGUAAAGCGGCCGUGGACAAGGACAACCUUGUUGCUUUGGAAUACCGAUCGUUACCGGCUUUAGUCGUCAGAUGUGCUCAACAUCUUUUAGUUUGGGGUGUGCACGAGGAAGGACUUUUUCGUGUCAACGGCCGCCCCUCGCAUGUAUCAAAAUUGCGUCAUGAAUUUGAUUCUGGAGCCGACUAUGACAUGAAAGAAUGCUCACCUGGAGAACUAGAUCCGCAUGCUGUCGCAUCGGUUUUCAAGGCUUUCCUUCGUGAAUUGCCAGAGCCAAUCUUGACUUAUUCCCUUAUUCCUUAUUUCGAAGCUGCUCUAUCCCAGGAAAAUGCUGCAAAAACAGAAGCACAAUCCUCAGCCUCCCCGAUGAAAUCCGGGGCGAGGGGUCCUACUUUACCGUCCGGGCCAAAGAGCGGGUUCAACGGGCUCCGAAAACCUCCAUCCCUAUCCACGCUAGCGAUGCCAAACUUCAGUGCGAUGCCUCCUCCCUCGGACAAUCUGCGGCGUGCAUUCAAAUCACUCUUGAAUCAGCUCCCUGCCGAAAACAAAGAUUUGAUUAGGACAGUGACAGAGUUGAUCAAAGCCACGGCUAGAGAACACAGAGAAACCAAAAUGCCCUUGAGUAAUCUACUCUUGGUGUUUUGUCCCAGUCUCAAUAUGAACCCUCCUCUAUUGAAGGCAUUAUGUGAAGCCGAAGAAAUCUGGGAGGGCCCGCCUAUCGAAUCACGGGUUCUUGAUAUUAAGCGCGAGAGUCUGGUUCUAGAUAUCAAACGUGAAUCCGCAUCUGUUGGCGCAUGCGUUGAAGGCGAGAAUGGGGACGACAACGACCAGGUGUUUUCAGAUGCCCAAGAUAUACUUGACGGAGAGUCCUCUGCUGCCAUAGAUGAAACCUCCGACCCAGAAGCCUUCAACCCAGUUUUGCAACGUUCUGUUUCUAAAAGAGACGGUCCGCGUUCAAGGCCCAUGGGACCUCGAUCUGCAAGUAUUACACCAGGGUUUACGACUUCUCCUGCGGCAUCUUCUGACUCUAUUGCCACCUCAUCCGAAAGUCGUUCUCUACCAUCUCCUAGCGACCGAGGCUUUGUGUCGUCACCCCCACCAUUAUCGUCAUCUACCGAGUCAUUACCCACUGCAUCCAGCUCGUCCGCUGCACCUUCCCUUACUGACGUCCACAUACAACGUGAACCAUAUGACAGUAAAAAAGGAAAUGAACUUCGAUCGGUAGAGAUUGCUGGAGAUUUGGAAAAUGAUAUCCUCAACCCCCGUCGAUACAUGGUCAACACCGGACCAGUUGAAUUCCCUCGGAGCUCCGGGAGCACCCCUACCACCCCCCCUUCCCGAAGGUCCAUACUACAGUUGUCCCUCUCAGACCUUGGUGUGGGUUCUGGAUCAAACUCGAUGCCCCCUUCUCCAUCUCCUGGACGAAGACCGAAGCGACCUUCAUUACAUUUGUUAUUCAAUAAGCGCUCAUCUUCCCCAUUAUCAUCCCGUUCUACGUCGGGUCCACACAUCUCAUCACCUCACACGGCAAGAACAGUAUCAGAAUCAUCGGCCUCGACGCCUCUUACUGCAAUGACGGUGAUGACCGCGCCUCAAUCGAGCACCUUCGAGCUUCCUCUACUCGACGCAACGAUUGAGAGUACACCGUUGAGAUUGGGAAUGGGCUUUGAUCCACCACCGACAGCGCUACCAGCACAAGGCGAUAGGAGCGUUACAUCUUUAAGUAUUGACUCGAUUGAAGAGCCCGUUCCGAGGAUCUCGGCAGCUACACCACCUCCUGGAGCUGUCCCUAUCGCUAAUUUGUAUUCAGGAUCAGCAUCGACCCUGUCGUUGUCGUUGAAUUCGAAUGCUGAGGAAGAGCAAUCUAACUCCCACAUUCAUUUGUACUCGUCACAUCUACGGCCCACGCCGGCACGACAGCAUGCAAUGGCAAAGAAGUCGACGACUUCAUUAAAUCAUCUAAAAUUACUCGACGAGGAUGAAGAGGAUUGGACGCAAAGCGUAUUGAUUGCUGCUGGGGCAGGGUGUUCAUCACAAGUUGCUGCCUCAUAG